GUGUAAUCAAUCGAAGGAUUAGCGCGUGUCCUGUACAUUGUCAUCCCGCUAGUCGACCGGACUGGGAGUUUCAAUCACAACGCAAAGCCGGUUUCAGCCUGAAGUUUUUCUCCACGGUGAGAAGUGUCAUAAGGGCAGACGCAGGAGGGACAUGAGCGAGAGGUUUGUGGUCGUCCGUGUCGGUCAAGAUGACGACGGGGUCAAAAAUGAUCCUGUACCUGACAGCGGAGGGGCUGAAGGCGACUCCAUAGACCCACAAGAUUCUGUUCCUAUCCUCGAGUACAGUAGAGAGCCCAACAGAUACGUGGUUCCUGUGAAGGAUGUCAGGAAGUCCCGGGAAGAGGAGGAGGAGGAGGAGGAGGAGGAUGAAGAUGUGAUUGACAACAAUGUCUUCAGAGAGGAAGACGCGGCUGCCCACUUCCCAGGCGAUGGCAUGCCAAAGGAAAGCAGUCCCUUCAUUAACAACACAGACCAUGACAAAGGGAAUCUAUAUGACGGGAAGAACAUGGCCCUCUUCGAGGAAGAGAUGGACAGCAACCCCAUGGUGUCCUCGCUGCUCAACAAGUUGGCCAACUACACCAACCUCACUCAGGGGGUCAAAGAGCACGAGGAGGCAGACGAUGAGGAGGGGCCAGCCAGGAGUAAGAAACCAGUCAAGAGUCCCGCGUUGGGCACAUUAAUUGGGGUGUACCUGCCCUGCCUCCAAAACAUCCUGGGGGUCAUCCUGUUCCUGCGUCUCACCUGGAUCGUGGGAACCGCCGGCAUCAUGGAAUCCCUUGCCAUUGUGGUCAUGACCUGCUCCUGUACAAUGCUGACAGCCAUAUCAAUGAGUGCCAUCGCUACGAAUGGUGUAGUUCCAGCUGGAGGCUCCUACUACAUGAUCUCAAGGUCGCUGGGGCCAGAGUUCGGCGGGGCUGUGGGGCUCUGCUUCUACCUGGGGACCACCUUCGCUGGCUCCAUGUACAUCCUCGGUACUAUAGAGAUUCUGUUAACCUACAUUGUGCCUAGUGCGGCCAUCUUCAAGGCAGAGAAGAAGGAGGAUGAGCCGGAGGCACUGCUCAACAACAUGCGGGUGUACGGCACCUGCUGCCUCACCCUCAUGUCCCUGGUGGUGUUUGUGGGGGUCAAGUACGUCAACAAGCUGGCCCUGGUCUUCCUGGCUUGUGUCAUCCUCUCCAUUCUGGCCAUCUACGCCGGAGUCAUCAAGACCGCCUUCGAACCGCCAGACUUCCCUAUUUGCCUGUUGGGGAACCGCACGUUGCAGAACCACAACUUUGACCAGUGUUUGAAGACGAUGAAGGUGGGCAACGUGACGGUCACCACCAAGCUGUGGUCCCUGUUCUGUGACUCUCCAGACUUCAACGCCACCUGCAACGAAUACUUCACUCUCAACAACGUCACUGUGAUCCAGGGAAUCCCCGGCCUGACCAGCGGGGUCAUCAGAGACAACAUCUGGGGGGACUACGGUCCUAAAGGCAUGUUGGUAGAAAAUAAGCACCAGAUGUCGGAGCCGGCUGCAGACACCUCCCAGGAUAUAUACAUGCCCUACGUGGCCAACGACAUCACCACCUUCUUCACCCUGCUGGUGGGCAUCUACUUCCCCUCCGUCACAGGAAUCAUGGCUGGAUCCAACAGGUCUGGUGAUCUCAGGGACGCCCAGAAGUCCAUCCCCAUAGGAACCAUCAUGGCCAUCGCCACCACCACCUUCAUCUACAUUAGUUCUGUCAUACUGUUUGGCGCCUGCAUCGAGGGGGUGGUGCUGAGAGACAAGUUUGGGGACUCUGUGAAAGGGAACCUGGUGAUUGGCAUCUUGGCUUGGCCCUCCCCCUGGGUGAUUGUGAUUGGCUCGUUCUUCUCAUGCUGUGGAGCAGGUCUACAGAGUCUCACUGGAGCCCCCCGGCUGCUGCAGGCCAUCGCAAGGGACGGCAUCGUGCCAUUCCUACAGGUGUUUGGUCAUGGCAAGGCUAAUGGAGAGCCCACCUGGGCCCUGCUGUUGACUGGUGGGAUCUGUGAGAUCGGUAUCCUCAUCGCUUCUCUGGACGCUGUCGCCCCCAUCCUCUCCAUGUUCUUUUUGAUGUGCUACCUGUUUGUCAACCUGGCCUGUGCCCUCCAGACCCUGCUCUGCACCCCCAACUGGAGACCCCGCUUCAAGUUCUACCACUGGGCUCUGUCUUUCCUGGGCGCCAGUCUGUGUGUCUCCCUGAUGUUCAUCUCCUCCUGGUACUAUGCCCUGGUGGCCAUGCUCAUCGCUGGCUGUAUCUACAAGUACAUUGAAUACAGAGGGGCGGAGAAGGAGUGGGGGGACGGUAUCCGUGGUCUAUCGCUCAACGCUGCCCGCUACGCCCUCAUUCGCCUGGAGGAGGCACCGCCCCACACCAAGAACUGGAGGCCCCAGAUGCUGGUGCUAUUGAACCUAGAGUCUGACCACACGGUGAAACACCCACGCCUGCUCUCCUUCUGCACCCAGCUCAAAGCAGGGAAAGGCCUGACCAUCGUGGGCUCUGUGCUGCAGGGCACCUACAUGAUCAAGGAGGACGAGGUCAAGAAGGCUGAGCAGAACGUCAAGUCGUCGAUGGCGACGGAGCGUACCAAGGGCUUCUGCCAUGUGGUGGCAUCGUCCAACCUGCGCGAUGGUUUCUCCCACCUCAUCCAGACGGCAGGCCUGGGGGGCAUGAAACACAACACAGUCCUCAUGGCCUGGCCCGGUACCUGGAAACAGUCCAAUGACCCUGUCUCCUGGAAGAACUUCAUAGAAACUGUGAGGGAGACCACGGCGGCAAAUCAGGCAUUACUGGUGGCCAAGAACGUGGACAGCUUCCCCACCAACACGGAUCGCUUGGGCGAGGGCACCAUAGACGUGUGGUGGAUCGUCCACGACGGAGGACUGCUCAUGCUGCUACCUUUCCUCCUCCGCCAGCACAAGGUCUGGAGGAAGUGUAAGAUGCGUAUCUUCACAGUGGCUAAUAUGGAUGACAACAGUAUUCAGAUGAAGAAGGACCUGCAGAUGUUCCUCUACCACCUCCGUCUGGACGCUGAGGUGGAGGUGGUGGAGAUGCACGACAGCGACAUCUCAGCCUUCACCUAUGAGAAGACCCUGGUGAUGGAGCAGCGCUCUCAGAUGCUGAAACAGAUGCAGCUGUCGCGGACGGAGAGGGAGAGAGAGAUUCAGAGUAUCACCGACACGUCGCGUAGCUCCAUCCGGAGGAAGAACCAGACCGGAGCCUCAGGCUCCGAAUCUGACCCCAGUCGACAGCUGGAGGGCACACAGGAGGACGAGGCCCAGCUGAUCCACGACAGAAACACGGCAUCCCAUGCCGCGCUCAACGACAAGCCCGACACCGGCCCUGACCGAGUCCACAUGACGUGGACCAAGGAUAAGUUCCUCUCCGAGCGCAACCGCAACCGCUCCGAGGUCAACAUGGGUGUGCGCGACCUCUUCAACAUGAAGCCAGAGUGGGAGAGUCUGAACCAGUCCAACGUGCGCCGGAUGCACACUGCGGUCAAGCUGAACGAGGUGGUGGUGAACAGGUCACAAGGAGCCCACCUGGUCCUGCUCAACAUGCCGGGACCGCCCAAGAACAGAUCGGGCGACGAGAACUACAUGGAGUUCCUGGAGGUUCUGCUUGAGGGUCUCAACCGGGUCCUCCUGGUCCGCGGGGGCGGCCGCGAGGUCAUCACUAUCUACUCUUAAACGCUCAUUCCCACGAAAUGGCCACGGCAAUAGAUGGCAUUUUAGGGAGAAAUAAUCCUCUGGGUUGCUGUGGGAUUGUCGGAGGGGGGUGUGCAAUGGUAUUGGACAGAGGACUUCUUGACCUCGGAAGGGACGACCAGUCAGGGUUUUGUGAUGUGAUAGCAUCGCCCUGAUUCGUGGAGAGCACAGGUGUCCUGGGGCCUGCCUAUCACGCCGAGCGACUGGAGGAUACAGCAUUCAUACACUUUAACUUUUAAUUUGACACGUGUUGAUGUUUAUUGUUCAGAUUUUCUUAUUCUCUCCUCACUCUCUGUCUCUCUGUGUGUGUGUGUGUGUGUUGAGUUGUCAUGUAUGUUCAUGGUAAGUGUGUACCAUGGACCUUAGUCAUGUGUAAUGCACUAUGUAGGGAAUCAUCAUUUAGUUUGUCCUCAUUUUGGUUCAAAUUGAUGUCACCAGGCUGCCUCUAAGGUAUCUCUCAGCUCAGAAAUACAUCUCCUAUGAACCCUGAAAUAGAUGAAUAUUUCCUGGUCCAUCUAAUAUCGGUAUGAACCAAAUAGAAACAUUUUGCCUUGGAAUAACAUGCUUCGGUGAAUCGUUGCAGUAUCCUAGCCCACAGCAGAGCUCUGUUAGAGUGGAUGGCAAGUCCAAAACAAAGCUUACUUUUAUUUCAAAUCUGUCCCACACAUCAAGUUGUUGCUAUAGCUUUCCUGAGCUCCAUUGUCCCUUAAUUAUUAAAGGUGGGGGUCACAUUAGGAGCUCUUCCGUCCUACUGGUACACUCUUAUUCGUCUGAAUCUACUCGCAGAGGAGUUCUGUCAACCUCACUUCCAAUUGAGGAAGUGAGGAGGUUUAGCUCAUAAGUGGAUGGGUCCACCAGUUUGGACUAGGGUUCAUUCAUUUAUUUCAAUUGUCAAGGGAUUAAUUGUUAAUGUUGCUUUUGCUAAUUGUCAGCUCGUUGCUGUUGAGUGCAGCACAACGUCUGAAAGAGGUGUAUGUGUGUGUGGUGGGGGGCUUUGGCAUGGGAUAGGCCAAGGAUUUGGCUGUGCAAUAGAUGCUGUUGAUGUGGUGACUUGCAGACAUCUCACUAAGCCCUGAGACACUGAAGGUGGUCCACCUUGCCUGGGAGGUCUCCUAAAUGGACCCUGUGGUAUUGGCUCUGUAGCAUUGGUCAAAGCCCCCCAAGUACAGCCGUUGCAUUGGGAAGAUAGCCAUACUAUAUACUAUUGUAUUUAGCCCUUGUUGACUGUAUGUUACACACAGUACACCGCAUUAAGCAUAUUUAUAUAAAGAUUCACAAAGUUGCGAUUUAUUGGAAAUUGUAUUCAAGGGUGCAGGGUAUGAAAAUGACUUUUUUGUUGUAAAGAUCCUAUGUUCAGGAGUGCUGGUUUAAAUUCACGUGCUGUUCCACAGCUUAACAAGUCUAGGACAACUGGGGUCAUUAAGGUACUUCCCCUACCAGAGCCCUUUAGAUCUAUGCAUCAACGUACAGGACAAAUCAUGAGCUGGUUUGACACUACAGCUCAAUCUGACCUAAUCAUCAACUAAAAGAAUUGGUCAAAUUGUCUUCGACCCUCAAUCAGAAACAAAAGGUUGUUAUCGGAGCCAUCAUGCCAAAUAGUGUGCCCCCCCCCGCCCCGGCCAAAUAGAUAUAGCAACGGAUGCUAAUGGUUUAGAGGGGCACACUAUUUGGCAUGACAGAACCACUGUUUUGUCCGUUUUAGGUGUCAUUAGGGACAUCGUCAACACACAUCAUUUUGCUCCGUCUUUUCGAUUUACAGUACUGCAGUAUUUUCUGUUCACUGCAUAGUUUAGCUCUGCUAAUAGACGUCUUUAGGCUGGGAUGCUAUCACGGGGGGUUGGGUUAAAUGCAGAAAACACAUUUUAAGUUGAAUGCAUUCAGUUGUACGACUGACUAAGUAUUUCCUCCCUUUCCUUGUAAUACAGUGACCACUGCAUUCACAUGGUUGGGAUUUGUGAGUAUCACUUGUCAAUCGCAGGACACCAAACCAAGAGUCUGUACUGGAAUAGAAUAGACGGGAAGAGUGUCAUUAUGAAGUAGCUCUGAACCAUCACUGUUUUCUCUCUCUGGAGAUGAGCAUGCAGAGUGUGGGGGGGGGUUACUGAAAACAUGCUGUCUCUUAGAGCAAUCAUAUAGGACAGAUGUGGGGGGCCAUAGGAUGUGGGGGGCCAUAUAAAUCAGCUGAUCACACUGUUCAAUGUCAGGCUUUGUUCUCCUAUUAUUUGUAUGCUUAUUCUCUAGGUUUCAUGUCAGCUGACCCCGAUGAAUCAUUGUGACUUUGUAUAGGAAGAAGCGUGCCAAAUGGACUGAUGUGAAAGUAUAUGUUGGUCAAUGUCAGCCACAGUGCACGCGUUAACAGACGAAGGUGCUUUUAGGGCGGGGCGGGGCAAGAUCAAUUUAAUUUGUAAAUACAUUAUAAUGCAUUAUAACCACUUAAUUAUUUUUGAUUUGGAAACACAGAUUUACACACAUUUGAACACAAAUUAUUAGCUAAAAAUUUUUGGGGGAGUUUCUGGUUACAAAAUUGAAAAGGUACUAUCGCACAUCUGAGCUGUCUUUGUAGCAGGUGCAUGGUAACAGUUGAAUACGAUGAGGGGGAAAUAAAAGAGAGCUCUGACGAAGGCCUUGAGGACCAUACGUUAGCUUAAUAAAGAGAGCAGUGAUACCAACGAGCAGUAUGCAGGUUCCUAGUUACAAAAUUACUUCCUUGUAGGCUGCAUAUUAACAGUGGAGGCAAUGGCAUCUGUGAUUUCUAGGGCACAUGAAGGCUACUUCUAUAGGCAACUGACGCCAGAUAUAGGAAACUAUUGGGACAAAGGAAGGAACCAAUCCCCCCCUCCUCCUCUGCAUUUUAUUUAGAACUUUUUUUUUGUAGCUGUGCAGUAUUUUGUAGCCAGAACAUUGUAUAUUUCAACAGUAUGUUUCAAUUAGUGUCUCUGUUUUUGUAGAGUCGACCAUCGGUUAGACAAUGUUGUGUCUAGUUAGUCGUAGUUUCUGUCUGCCCUUAACAGUUACGUUAUACCGGACUCUGUGACUUUUCAGGACUGGAGUCUUGUGAUUUUAAGGAGGGGUAGGGGUUAUAUGUCAAGACAUUUGCAGGUAUGUUUGUGUUUUUUCCUAACCCAUUGGAAACACGACAUGGACAAGGUUUUUGAAGACCUCUGCUUGGACUCUGGUGGAGAUUUCACAGAAAGGAUUUUAGAGGAGCCAGUUGGAGAAUGGGUUAUGUUACUAAUAUGAUUUUAAGUUAAUUUAACAUGUUUUAUUAUUUUAAGGUUUCUAGCCCCCAAAGAUCAAAUCUUUGAGUCUGAUAUGAAAUAUCACGUUGUUAGUAGUGUAAAAAAUCUUAGAGGACACAAAGCUAAGGCUUCUGGGUAACUGUAUAGGACGUGUAAGCAGCAUAUGUUCCACCAUUCUGGUUCAAGUGACGAGAGAAUGUAUCUCGAGGUGAAUACCGUGGAUACCGUUGUCAAAGGAGAAUAAACCUGUUCAAAUCGCUUUCUCUUUUUUCUUCUUCUUCUCUCUCUGUAAAUGGUAACAAUCUUUUAUAUGAAGCGAUUGAGGAGUGAGCCUCCGCUCAUUCUGAGGGAGAAGCAGUGUAUCCGCGUGUGGUGGUACUGCUGCUGUCCCGGCUUAGUGGAUACACGUCACAGACUCCAGUAGGAAGUCACUUGUGGGCCACACGUAGUGGAGGGGGUAGCCCUUUUAAAUUGUAUCCGUGCCUCGGAGUAGAUAUAAAUAAAAGUGCUGAAUUAUGUCAGAACUGUAUAGCCUACUGUGUCAUUUUGUCAGGUUUGUCAUUGAAUAAAAAUAUUUAUUUCAGCAGGGUAAUUAUCUCCUAUUCCAACAUUAAUCCUGGGCUACAUCGUUGGACACAACUGAAUGUAGUGUUGAGCUAUACAUUAUUCUGUUGAGGUAAAUACAGUAUUUUGUGUAGGAUAUACAGUGCAUUCGGAAAGUAUUCAGACCCCUUGACUUUUUACCCAUUUUGUUACGUUACAACCUUAUUCUAAAAUGGAUUAAGUUAUUAUUUUCCCUCACCGAUCUACACACACUACCCUAUAAUGACAAAGCAAAAACAAGUUUUUAGAAAUGUUUGCAAAUGUAUUAAAAAUUUAAAAACGUACCUUAUUUACAUAAGUAGUCAGAACCUUUGCUGUGAGACUCGAAAUUGAGCUUAGAUGCAUCCUGUUUAAAUUGAUCAUCCUUGAUGUUUCUACAACUUGAUUGUAGUCCACCUGUGGUAAAUUCAAUUGAUUGGACAUGAGUUCAAUAAAACACAUUUGAAAAGGCACACACCUGUCUAUUUCAAGGUACCACAGUUGCGAGCUUCGUUUUUGCUCUGACAUUUACUAUGAAGUGGAAGGAAAUGUCCGUAGAGCUCUUGACAGGAUUGUGUCGAGGUGCAGAUCUGGGGAACGGCACCAAAAUAAAUUCAGCAUCUUUGAAGGUACCCAAGAACACAGUGGCCUCCAUCAUUCUUAAAUGGAAGACGUUUGGAACCACUUAAAACCAAAGGUUCAUUGUGUUAAAUUGACCGCAGGAUAGGUAUGCAAGUAUAUUGUUAUAUUGAGAAGUGGCGAAUAAAUGCAUCUACUUACAUAAGUGA